UGCCAGCUUCUUACGUGUUUCCUUGUCACAAUCCGAUUGGUUUUUCUUUGUUUUUUGUUUUUUGUUGCCAAUUCACUAUGGAUUCCAAACGUGCGCCAGAUAGCUACCUGCUCAGUCGUGACCAUGUUGACUGUGAUCGACUCAAUCUCCAGCAUAGCCUCUGGACGCAGAUGUUCGGCUACCUGCUCCAUCCUCUCAUUGACACGUCCAACCCCCAUUUGAAAGUGGCCGACCUUGGGACGGGAACCGCGUGUUGGCUGACCGAUCUCUCCGCCCAACUCCCGCCCACCGCGCAACUCGAUGGAUUUGACCUUGAGCUCACGCAAGCGCCGCCUCGGGCAUUUCUCCCCAGCAAUGUGAGACUGCACGAAUGGGAUAUCUUUUCCGAGGUGCCCGAGCACCUAGUGGGACAGUAUGAUGUGGUUCAUGUGCGCCUGCUAGUGUUUGUGGUGGGGGGGAGCCGACGGAGCUCCUCCGCCGGUUUCUCACGCUCCUCAGAACCCGGCGGUUGGCUGCAGUGGGGCGAACCGGAUGUGCCAUCCAUGCGCCUAGUCAAAGCCGACCCGUCGCUGGCAGAGAAUGGGCUGCGGGAGCUGUUCGAAUUGACGGCGGCGCAGGAUCCCCGGCUCAUUCCGCAGUGGCCGGACCAGUUGGGGGCGUAUUUCGCGCGAGAGGGGCUUACCGCAGUGGAGACCCACCGGGUGCAGGCGGCCGCGACGGCGCCGCACCUCGAGUUCGCCAUGCACCAGUGCAAUCUCCUGAUGUACGAGAUGAUUGCCGCGCGGGCGGCGGAUGGAUCCCGGGCCCAGCAGAUCCGGGCUUUGAUUCCUCGCGCGGUGGGGGAGUCCAAACGGGGGGCGGUGUACGCCAUGCAUCGAGUGGUGGUGGUGGGGCAGAAGAAGCAGCCUUGACUUUAGGGUUAAUUACUCCGUACAAUGGAGAACAUUGGCAAUUGACAGGAUGCGGGACUCGGGAGUGUAUUGCUCCUUCCAGGAGCAGCAGCAGCAGCAGCCGCAGCCGCAGCAGCAGGAAGGUUACAUCGCAUUCAAUGCAUUAGUCUUAGC